GAUUUUUCUUUCAAAUCCAGAAUGACAAUUGUGUUUUAACCAAGAUCUCGGUCAAUCACUAUUCGAUGGUUGGGAAGAAAGAAAAAUGGAGUUGAAUUCAAUCGAGUUACAAAAAUUAUUUUUUACAAAUUCAUCAUUUAUUCUUUAUGAAAACGGUUCCGUGCUUCUAGAAGGACUUUUUAUGAAAAUAUCGCAAUUGUGGAGAAAAUAAAUGCAAAUUAUUGAGUAAAUUCAUUAAAUAUAUAUCCUUGAAACUUAGAUUGUAUAAGGGAAAUAUCAAUAACAAACUUUAAUGGCUGCUUCUCGUGCAAGACGUUCAAAUGCCGGCAAUAGAAUAGCCAAGCUGCUAAACGAAGAGGAAGAAGAUGAAUUCUAUAAAACAUCCUAUGGUGGAUUCCAAGAGGAGGCGGAAGAUAAAGAAUAUGUGCAAAAGGAUGAAGAGGAAGAUGUAGUCGAUUCGGACUUCAGUAUAGAUGAAAAUGAUGAACCAAUCUCAGACCAGGAUGAGGAAGCGGGAAAGAAACGCAAACGAACAGGUGUUAAUACCAAAGCAUAUAAAGAACCAAAACCUGCCAAAAAGGAUGAAAAGUCUACAACGGGUCCUGCUAAAAAGAGAACCCCUAGAGCUGGGCGACGCAAAACACGUGCAAAAUUCACAGUUCACGAUUCGGCACGAAAGUCUAUACGUGCCUCGACAGCAAUUAAAACACAAGCUACAAAAAUUAGGCUUAAAGAAAUGGAUGAUGCUCGCAAGAAAAAGAGGAAAGUCGUACGGGUAGAGGAAUAUAUGCCAACACAGGAAGAGCUGCUAGAGGAGGCAAAAGUAACAGAAGAGGAAAACAUAAAAUCAUUGGAAAAAUUCCACAAAAUGGAGUUGGAAAAGAAGAAAACUAGACCCUCUAAGCGAGUGUUUAAUGGUCCCAUGAUACGAUAUCAUUCUAUGACCAUGCCAGUUGUGCGUAAACAAACAAGAGGCUCCUUGGCACCUAACGAUCCAAAUGAUCCCAAGAAUAAAUGUGAGCGUACAUUUAUUUCCCUGGAAAGUGAUUUGGAUGAGAAAGUUUUUCACAAUAUAUUCAAAUCAAAGAAACUAACAAGAAAUACCCCUUAUGUAUGCCCCAUCACAAAAUUACCGGCGCGCUAUUUGGAUCCCGUCACCCAGCAACCUUAUUAUAGUAUACAGGCUUUCAAAAUCUUACGCGAAGCCUAUUACAUGCAAUUAGAAGAACGGGGCAAUGCUGACAAUCCCGAAAUGCAAAAAUGGAUGGAAUGGCGCAAGAUGGUUAAAGAAAAUCGUCUAAAGGCUAUAGCAAAUAAAUUAAAUUCUUAGUUUUUAAUUAUA